GCCGGGCGUACCAUCUCUGUAGACUUUGGUCGAGCUGAAGGAGCAGGUUUCUCACACUUCUGCUCGAAAGACUUCUAGAAAAACUUUUCAGAGACACCAGCUGGGAGUUUUAGACAGAACAAUGGAAGUGUUUCAUUCCAGGCUGGAGUUGUUCCUGGUGUUUUUCAUAGCUUUGCCACCUUGUGUCUCUUCUGUAGACAAACUCAACAUGUGUAUGGAUGGCAAACAUCACUUAAUAGAUCCCAGACCAGAGGGAAAGCUCUAUGAGCAGUGUGAACCAUGGAAAGACAACGCCUGUUGCACAGCAAACACAACAGAAGAGGCUCAUCAGGAUAACUCAUACCUGUAUAAUUUUAACUGGAAUCACUGUGGCAUGAUGAGCGACAAAUGUAAGAAACAUUUCAUUCAGGACACGUGUUUCUAUGAGUGCUCACCUCACCUGGGACCCUGGAUACAGACGGCAGAUGAGUCUUGGAGAAAGGAGAGAAUCCUGGAUGUGCCGCUGUGUUUGGAAGACUGUGAGAGCUGGUAUGAGGACUGUAAGGAUGAUUACACAUGUAAAGAGAACUGGCAUAAGGGAUGGGACUGGAGCACAGGCACUAAUCGGUGUCCGAGCGGAUCUCAGUGCAGCCCCUGGUCAGAGAUUUUUCCCACCGCUCAGAGUAUGUGUGAGAAAAUCUGGUCCAAUUCUUACAAGUACACAACUUUCACUAAAGACAGCGGUCGCUGCAUGCAGAUGUGGUUCGAUCCUCCAAAUCCCAAUAAGAAAGUGGCUGAAUAUUACCUGUCUGGUGCCGUGGAGACCUCCACGCUGUCUAUGAGCCUGCAUCUGAUUUCAUUUCUCAUGAUACUGUUGGCUUGAGAACAAACAACGAAGUUCAGAUGAAAAGGGCCAUGAACGGACUUACUUUGCAUUUCUGUCACGAUCCUGCUUUUAUUUGUAAAUGAUUGUGUGUGACUACUACAGCAGAUUUUUUUACAGAACCAUUUUCAUAGAAGUUAAUGCACCGUCAUACAUUAAGUGACACGUGUCCAGCAGAUGUCAGUGUUAUGUGUCUGUAUUGUGUAGCAAAGUCAAUACUGUGCACUACCCUAAAUUAACCACAGUGUUAGCACAGGACAUUAUUACAUUACAUCUUUAAUUUAAGAGAAGUGUCGAGUUAUCAUCAGAAAUAAAUAUGAUUAGUUUAAUAUUAAAUAUUUUUCAUCUAAUGUUAUAUAAAAACCAUUGACAUACUGAUGUCUCUUUUAAUGUUUCUUAUGUUUAUUCACCACUGACUGUGAUUGAAUUUUAUCAAAGCAUCAAUAUACAACAAUUAAAAACAAGUGAAAGUCAUGUGACUUCUGCCUCUUUGCAUGUGAUAAAAAAAUAACACCUAAUAAUAAAACA